AGUGCAGCACAACACCUUGUGCCAAACGGCAUACGCUGAAACUGCAACACCCUUAGCACGCUUUGUGUAAUCGCUGCAAACGUUCCGACAGCAUCAGGGAACGAAUCAGACGUCGAUCACUCCGCUUCCCCUGCGGCAGUUCUACUAGCGGUCAAGCGUGUUGCGUCCGUGCGCGUACAUUGCCGUCGCGUACGCCUACUAUAGAAUUAUCAAGAGCCAGCACAUCCCACGACCGCCCGGCGCACCCGCAUUUUCGCUGCCUCUAGUAAUUCUAGUUUUAUCAGACUUGCGUCACUCCCUCUCUCGCUCUCGCCCAGCGCGAACCACAUGUCUCCGAACCAACACACGCGAUAAUCACUCGAUAUGGAGGGACCACUGAACCCAGGGGCCCCCAAUGGAAGCAUACGCACACCCAGUCCCUCGCCCCCCUCGAUAGACCCCCAGAUCAUCGUCGACCACCUGGGAAAGGUGCUCGACGUCAGCUUAGGCGCCUCGCAGCAGGAUCUUUAUGCUCCAGGCAGUUUGCUGUCACAGGCUAAGCUCCAGGACACGCUGCAGCGAUGCGCCCGCUUUGCCUCCGAGGGGCAUUCUGUGCUGUAUGUGGUAAAGGACCGCGUGGAUGAGCCGCGCAUGGACGGAACAGAUGGUGCAAAUGGUGUGACGACGCAGCAGCGCUUCAGCUACACACUUUCGAGUGAGAUAACGGCUUCUCCUACUUGUGCAGCUUUUGUUGUGAUUUCCAAGCGACCGAUACCCAUAGACCCCGCGAUACCCCUUAGCCAGCAGGUCCUGAUUCAGACGCUGCCCGGCUUUAUACUUUCUAAUAACGCUUCUUCGCCCGAUGGCACUCCGUAUGAGUUUCUCCGCUCCCUUAUCCAGUCUGCCGUCGAGCCGUACUUUGACACGUAUACGAAGAGCCAGCGUGACUUGGCUGGCAAAUACAGCAAGGGUGACAACGAUGCCCGAACGGGUAUCUCGGCCACGAGGAAGAAGAUUGCGGAGCUGGCAGUCAGUUUGGGUAACUUGGAGCAGAAUGUCGAGAUUCCCGAGCUGCUCUUGCCUCUGCAUCCUCUCAUCCAGAGUGCCCUGGACGAUGCUACCCAGCGUGGCGUGAAGCCCUCACCGGAACUCAUUCCGGCGGCGAUUGUGCAAGACAGCAGCUUCCUCAAUGGACUGCAGGCGACAGUUAACGGAUGGAUUAAGUCGAUACAGACAAUUACCAAGACAUCGCGUGAUGUAUCAACCGGAACUGCAGCUCAAGAGAUAAACUUCUGGAUAUCCAUGGAGUCGAGGCUACACGACAUUGAAACACAGCUUGGCAGCCCAGGUGUUAGACUCACGCUGGAUGUGCUGAAGAACGCAAAGCGCUUCCAGGCGACUGUUAGUUUCAGUGCGGACACCGGACUGAAGGAGAGUACGGAUCUCGUGCAAAAGUACAACCAGCUCAUGCGCGAGUUCCCGCUUGACCAGCUAUUGUCAUCAACAUCGCUACAGGCAGUGCAAGAAGCAGUCCAAUCCAUUUUCAGCCACAUGAACAAGAAGCUCCGCAUUUGCCCUUACCCCGUCCGUCGCGCCCUUCCCCUUGUCGAAGCAAUUUCUGGUGAUCUCGACAAGCAGCUGCACAGCUUGCUACAUGGAAAGACCCUGAUGCACAUGGACUACCCCGAAUUCCAAGCCAUCAUGGCUGUUGCAGAGAGCAUUUGGCGGACCUGGGAGGAGAAUGUCAAGGAAUUCACCAAUGUGGCCCGUGAAGUGACUAGACGUAGGAACGAAAAGUUCAUCCCCAUCAAGAUUGCAGCUAGGCACAAGGAGACGGAGGAGCGCAUUCGUUACAUUACCACAUUCCGUAAGAACCACGAGCAGCUCCAGCGGACUAUUGUCAACGUUCUCGGCUCAGGAUCCUCCAUGUCUGACAACUCGUCUGCCAAAGAGACAGUCAUCAUUGAGGAGAUUGGUGACGUCGACGCCGUCAAGGAGGUCAAGGAGGCCUAUGACGUUCUGAAAGAUGUGGAUGUCCUUGAUGUGUCACUCGAAGGCACACGACUUUUCGAGCAAGCAGAGCAAAAGUACAACGAACGUACCUCGCGUGUUGAAAACUCCAUCAUCGCCAGGCUGAGAGACCGUCUUGGUACUGCCAAGACGGCAAGUGAGAUGUUUCGCGUCUUCUCAAAGUUCAACCCCCUGUUUGUGCGACCAAAGAUUCGGGGUGCCAUCUCCGAGUACCAGACGCAGCUCAUUGAGAAUGUCAAGCAGGACAUAUUGGCUCUCCAUGAGCGUUUCAAGCGCCAGUAUGGUAAUUCGGAAGCCCAUGCUAUGGCACAGCUUCGCGAUUUCCCUCCAGUAUCCGGUGCUGUCAUUUGGGCUCGCCAGAUCGAAACUCAGCUCGAGAGCUACAUGGGCAAGGUCGAAGAUAUCCUCGGUAAGGACUGGGCACUUCACGCUGAAGGCCAGAAACUCCAGGCUGAGAGCAGCAUGUUCAAGAAGAAGCUUGAUACCAGGCCCAUCUUUGAGUCGUGGCUGCAGGAGGUGGCGAGGAGGAAGCUGUCCAUUUCUGGACGUCUCUUCCUCGUUAGCAGGAACCGCGCUGCAGGCAACAUCCUGGAGCUCAACGUCAAUUUUGAUGCGCAAGUCAUUGCACUCUUCAAGGAAGUCCGGAACCUGACGUGGCGCGGCUACCAAGUCCCACACGGUAUUAAUAACAUCUCCAAGGAGGCUAAACGCGUCUACCCCUAUGCAGUCAGUCUCAUGGAGAGCGUCCGUACAUAUACUCAGACAGUGCGCUCUAUCUCGGAAAUGGGUGGAGUUGCUCUAUUGCUCAACAACUACGUUAAUGACGUCCAAGCGCUCGUCAACAAGGGUGUUCCUUUGAAAUGGGAAUCUUUCGUACACGCCUACGAUCUGCAUGUGCGACAGUCUGGUUUCCCGGUCGGUGGUGGCAGUGUUCGUAGUGAGAGCAAGCAUGUCCAAUUCGUCCGAGACUUUGCCGCUGCGACGUCGCUACUUCAGCUCAAGGUGGUCACGCUUGUUAACAUCAACGCUGCUGUCGAAAAGGCACUAAAGGAUCUGGAGACCUGCCCGUACACCAAGGAUGCUUUCCAACAGAAUCUCGAGACUAUUCAAAAGUCUAUCGAUCAGCUGAAUCUCGAGAAUUAUGCAAACCUUACUUCGUGGGUUUCGGAUAUGAACGCGCGGAUAGAGUCCAUCUUGCUUGUUCGUCUGAGCCGUGCUAUCGCAUUGUGGAUCGAAGUCUUCAACAAUACUGGUGAUGAAGAUGGUGAGCGACGACUGCCUUCGAACGAACCGGUAUCGACGGAAUCGCCUGAGGUGAAGCCAACCUUGGCUCGGCUGACGCUUGAAAUUACGAUGCGAAACCAGGUCAUCUACCUCAGCCCUCCUGUCGAAUACGCUCGUGCAAGCUGGCUCGAGCAGUUACAGCAGUGGCUUGCAAUUAUUUGCACUCUUCAGAAGAUCAAGGCAUCACGUUACGAGAUCCGACUAGAGGCGACCAACGAUACAUCUGUCAGCCAGUUCUCCGACCUGCCAAGUCGAUGCACUGAAUCACUCAUCGAAGUCUACGGCGCUGUUGAAGGCAAGCUUCGCGACAUUUCCUCGUACGUUGACGAGUGGCUUCAGUUCCAGUCUCUUUGGGACUUGCAGUCUGAACACGUCUAUGACAUCCUUGGUGAAGACCUUUCUCGAUGGCUACAACUUCUGCAGGAGAUUCGCAAGACGCGUGCUACAUUUGAUAACUCGGACAUCAGCCGUCAAUUUGGCUACGUCACUGUCGACUACGACCAGGUACAAGUUAAGGUCAAUGCCAAGUACGAUCAGUGGCAGCAAGAGAUUCUUACCAAGUUUGCCAGCAGACUUGGCCAGCGCAUGAACGAUGUCUAUGUGCAAGUCGAGAAGGCACGCAAAGACCUGGAAAUGCAAACACUGGAAGCCUCUUCUACUGCACAGGCUGUAUCUUUCAUUACCACCGUACAGCAAUGCAAGAGGAAGGUCAUGGAGUGGGAGCCUGAGAUGUCUACAUUCCGUCAGGGUCAGGCUACCCUAGCCCGCCAGCGAUACCAAUUUCCCUCGGAUUGGCUACAGAUGGAGCAGAUUGAUCAUGAAUGGCAGACGCUCAACGAGGUCUUGGAUAGGAAAACCAAGAUUGCGAAUGAUCAAGCCGACGCGCUGCGCGCCAAGAUUGCAGCGGAAGACAAGGUGGUCAACCAGAAGAUCAUGGAUAUCACCGGCGAAUGGGCAGAAGAGAAGCCUGUUGCUGGUAACCUUGCGCCCGCUGACGCCUCCACUAUUCUUGCCAAGUUCGACCAGAAGCUUAGCCAGUUGCAGAACGAGUCUAGCAACAUCUCCAAAGCCAAGGAAGCUUUGGGACUACCACCGUCGCCUGAGAACACACUCGAGACUCUGUUGGAGGAAGUACAGGACUUCAAGUCUGUCUGGUCAGCGCUUGGCACGAUUUGGGCCAGCAUCGAUGAUCUCCGUGAGGUCCUGUGGACUAGUAUCCAGCCUCGCAAGCUACGACAGAACCUUGACAACUUGCUCAAGAUGACCAAGGACAUGCCUAGCCGCAUGCGACAAUACCAGGCUUUCGAAUACGUCCAGACUACCCUCAAGCAACUGCUCAAGGAGAACGCGAUCCUCGCAGAGCUGCGGUCCGACGCUGUAAAGGAACGCCAUUGGGCUAGGAUCUUCAAGAACCUGAGGCCGCAGAAACGAUACUCAGCCAUCUCUAUGACUCUUGGUGAUGUCUGGGACCUCAAGCUUGGCCCUAGCGAGAAGAUUAUACGCGACGUCAUCACCCAAGCCGCAGGUGAGAUGGCGCUCGAAGAGUUCCUGAAACAAGUGCGUGAGACGUGGCAGAACUAUGCGCUCGAACUGGUCAACUACCAGAACAAGUGCCGCCUUAUUCGAGGCUGGGACGACCUCUUCGCAAAGUGCAGCGAGAACCUCAACUCUCUGCAAGCUAUGCGACACUCACCUUACUACAAGGAGUUUGAGGAAGAGGCGUCGUCUUGGGAGGACAAGCUCAACCGUGUACACGUUUUGUUCGAUGUUUGGAUCGACGUACAGCGCCAGUGGGUUUAUUUGGAGGGCGUGUUCACUGGCAACGCUGAUAUUAAGCAUCUGCUCCCCAUGGAGUCAGCCCGUUUCCAGAACAUCAACUCGGAAUUUUUGUCUGUUAUGAAGAAGGUUUCGCGACAGCCUUUUGUGCUGGAAGUUCUCAACAUUUCCGGUGUGCAGAAGUCUCUUGAACGUCUCGCCGAGCUCCUCAAUAAGAUUCAAAAGGCUCUCGGAGAGUACCUUGAGCGCGAGCGUGUGUCGUUUCCUCGCUUCUACUUUGUCGGUGACGAAGACUUGCUGGAGAUUAUCGGCAACAGCAACGAUGUACUUCGUAUUGCCAAGCAUUUGAGGAAGAUGUUUGCUGGUAUCUCUGGGCUUGUUACUGGUGAGGAUGGAGUCAUUCAGGGCUUUACGUCCAAGGAAGGAGAGGAGGUUACGCUUCGCAAGGAGAUCUCGCUCGUCAAGACACCCAGGAUCAAUGAGUGGCUCGGAGCACUCGAGGCCAACAUGAAGACUACACUGGCUGAGUUGACCUUUGAAGCCUACGAAGAGUUUGCCCAACUCAUUGAACCGGAGAACAUGGAUCCUGAGGCUUUCCACGACUACAUCGCCAAGUACCCCACACAAGUUGUCGUUCUGGGAACCCAGAUUGCUUGGACUCAUGCAGUUGAAAAGUCGCUUGCCGAAGAGGGAGCUUCCCUGCCUCACCUGUACGAGAAGCAAGUCAAGGUCCUUAAGCUACUUGCUACGGCUGUCCUGGGUGACCUUGAGCCCAUUCAGCGUCGCAAGUGCGAGGAUCUCAUCACUGAAUUCGUUCACCAACGCGAUGUCAUUCAUAAGCUGGAGAAAGUCGGCGCACGAUCACCUACCCACCACAUGUGGCUUCUCUGUAUGCGAUACGUGUACGAGCCAGGCAACGAUUUGCUGCAGCGACUCAGGAUCAAGAUGGCAAACGCUGUUCUUGAUUAUGGUUUUGAGUACUUGGGUGUUGCUGAUCGCCUUGUGCGCACUCCACUUACCGACCGCUGUUUCCUUACCCUCACGCAGGCUUUGUGCCAGCGUCUUGGUGGCUCUCCAUACGGACCCGCUGGUACGGGUAAAACUGAGUCAGUCAAAGCUCUUGGUGUGCAACUCGGUCGAUUUACCCUGGUCUUCUGCUGUGACGACACUUUCGACUUCCAAGCCAUGGGCCGUAUUUUCCUCGGUAUUUGCCAGGUCGGUGCGUGGGGUUGCUUUGAUGAGUUCAACCGUCUUGAGGAACGCAUUCUCUCGGCCGUGUCUCAACAGAUUCAAAACAUUCAGUUGGGUCUCAAGAAGGGCAUCGAGGAUGAGAAGUCACAGAUUGAGCUCAUUGGUCGCCAGCUCAAGGUCAAUGGCAACACUGGAGUCUUCAUCACCAUGAACCCUGGUUAUGCGGGUCGUUCGAACUUGCCAGACAAUCUCAAGAAGCUCUUCCGAAGUGUGGCCAUGUCCAAGCCUGACAAAGAGCUCAUUGCCGAAGUCAUGCUGUACUCACAGGGUUUCUCUCAAGCCAAGGAGUUGUCCAAGCAAGUUGUACCAUUCUUCGAUAGGUGCUCGGCUGGCCUCUCCAAGCAAGCGCAUUACGAUUUCGGACUGCGUGCGUUGAAGAGUGUCCUGGUUAGCUCUGGUGGUCUGAAGCGAGCACGUAUCGCCGCACAGCAAGACUCUCAGACCCUCGACGAAGCAAGCAUGGAGCCUCAAAUCAUUAUCCAGAGUUUGCGCGAGACCAUGGCACCGAAGCUCAUCCGAUCGGAUGUUGAACUCAUGAUGGCUAUCCAAGAGACGUCAUUCCCUGGUGUCAUGUACAUCCCCGCACCGCUUGACAAGCUGAGCGAGGCCAUUCAUAAGUGCGCAGCUGAAUCAAAGUAUGUUGUCAGCGACGCUUGGAUGACGAAGAUUAUCCAGCUGUAUCAGAUUCAAAAGCUGCACCAUGGUGUUAUGAUGGUCGGUUCUUCUGGAUCCGGAAAGUCUGCGGCUUGGAGGACGCUCAUCUCUGCUCUGCAAGCUGUUGAGGGUGUUGAGGGAGUGUGGCACGUCAUCGACCCCAAGGUCAUGUCCAAGGAGCAGCUUUACGGAACACUUGACAGCACAACUCGCGAGUGGACUGACGGUCUCUUCACGCACACAUUGCGAAAGAUUGUCGACAACCUUCGUGGUGAGGACAGCAAACGACACUGGAUUGUUUUCGACGGUGAUGUCGAUCCCGAAUGGGUCGAGAACUUGAACUCUGUUCUUGACGACAACAAAUUACUCACUCUGCCCAACGGAGAGCGUCUCAACUUGCCAUCCAACGUUCGCAUCAUGUUCGAAGUCGAAACACUCAAUGACGAUACCGUUGAGGUAGAUAUGAUGAUUAAGAACUACAUUGAGCACCUCAAGACGGUGCCUUUUGAAGACAUCGAAGAUGACUCGGUCGCGCCAGGCCAGCAGUCGCAGAAGACGAUGGCGACUCAGGGUCUUAUCGCCGACUUCCUGCACAUCAAGCUCACCCAAGACCACUUCAUCGAGAAGGCACUCAGUAUGGCGAGGAAGUUCAAGCAUAUCAUGGAGUACACUGAUAUCCGUGCGCUUAACACGCUUUUCUCGUUGCUCAACAAGGCGUGCCGCAACGUGCUUGAGUACAAUGUACAGCACCCCGACUUCCCUCUUGAGGACGACAAGAUGGAGACAUAUCUUGCUAAGAAGAUGCUCGUUGCGUUGGUAUGGGCCUUGGUCGGUGAUUGCCCUCUCCUGGAGCGCAAGCAAUUCGGUGACCUUAUCGCUGGUCUUACCGAUGUUGAGCUGCCGACUCUGAAUGAGUCUACCUCGCUUAUCGACUACGAUGUCAAGCCAGACAAGCCGGACUGGGAUACUUGGCAGAGCCAAGUACCACAGGUUGAGGUUAAUACCCACUCCGUUACUCAGACCGAUGUCGUUAUCCCCACACUUGAUACCGUUCGUCACGAAGACGUGCUCUACUCAUGGCUUGCAGAGCACAAGCCUCUCUUGCUCUGUGGUCCUCCGGGUUCCGGAAAGACGAUGACGCUGUUCAGUGCACUCCGCAAGCUUCCCAACAUGCAGGUUGUAGGCCUUAACUUCUCCAGUGCAACAACACCGGAUCUUCUCAUCAAGACGUUCGAGCAGUACUGCGAGUACAAGAAGACUCUCAACGGCGUUCAGCUUACCCCGACUCAAGUCGGUCGUUGGCUCGUCAUCUUCUGCGACGAAAUCAACUUGCCGGCCCCCGACAAGUAUGGCACUCAGCGAGCCAUCUCCUUCCUGCGCCAGCUUGUUGAACAUAAUGGCUUCUGGAGGACUUCUGACAAGACUUGGGUUGCGCUUGACCGCAUUCAAUUCGUCGGUGCUUGUAACCCUCCUACAGAUGCUGGACGUACGCCCAUGGGACUACGAUUCUUGCGUCACGCCCCACUCAUCAUGGUCGACUACCCUGGAGAGCAGUCGCUUCUUCAGAUUUACGGCACCUUCAACACGGCUGUGCUUAAGAUCAUUCCGACGCUGCGCGGUUACGCCGAUGCGCUUACCAAGGCCAUGGUGCAACUGUUUGCCGAAUCGCAGAAGCGCUUCACUCCUGACAUCCAACCUCACUACGUUUACUCUCCUCGUGAGCUUACUCGCUGGGUCCGUGGUAUCUAUGAGGCACUUCGACCCCUCGAGACGCUGCCUGUUGAAGGUCUCGUGAGGAUUUGGGCCCACGAAGCUUUGCGCUUGUUCCAGGAUCGUCUUAUUGCUGAGGAAGAGAGGCAGUGGACUGAAGAGUGCGUUCACCGUGUCGCAGCUGAGCAUUUCCCCACCAUCGAUGAGGAGAAGGCUCUUGGUGGCCCGAUUCUCUUCUCCAACUGGCUGUCCAAGAACUAUGUGCCGGUUGAGCGUGAGCAGCUACGGGAGUUUGUCAAAGCCCGACUUCGUACUUUCUGCGAGGAAGAAGUCGACGUUCCGCUCAUUUUGUUCAACGAUGUGCUCGAGCACGUUCUUCGCAUCGAUCGUGUCUUCCGUCAACCACAGGGUCAUUUGAUCCUCAUCGGUGUCAGCGGAUCUGGAAAGACAACACUGUCGCGCUUCGUCGCCUGGAUGAACGGUUUGAGUGUCUAUCAGAUCAAGGUUCAUGGCAAGUACUCUGGGGAAGACUUUGACGAGGACUUGCGUACCGUGCUUCGACGUUGCGGUUGCAAGGGCGAGAAAAUUUGCUUUAUUAUGGACGAAGCUAAUGUCCUGGACUCUGGUUUCCUCGAGCGCAUGAACACGCUUCUUGCCAACGCGGAGGUUCCUGGUCUGUUUGAGGGUGACGAGUACGCAUCGCUACUCACAGCGAUCAAGGAGGGUGCUCAGCGACAGGGUAUCAUUCUCGACUCACAAGAAGAGCUGUACAAGUGGUUCACGGAGCAGAUUGUCAAGAACCUGCAUGUGGUGUUUACUAUGAACCCACCUGAGGAAGGCUUGUCUUCCAAGGCUGCGACUAGUCCGGCUCUUUUCAAUCGUUGUGUGCUUAACUGGUUUGGAGACUGGUCUGACCAGGCCCUGUACCAGGUCAGUUCUGAGCUUACACAGUCUGUUGACUUGGACCGCGCAAACUACGUGGCCCCGGAUUCCAUUCCAGUCGCUUACCGCGGACUCUCGCUUCCACCAUCUCACCGCGAGAGCGUUGUCAACGCAAUGGUUGCUGUACAUCACUCGCUACGCAGCAAGAACGCUAAGCUGCAGAAGACGCAAAACCGCAAGAUGUAUCUUACACCACGCCAUUUCUUGGAUUUCGUCGCGCAAUAUGUCAAGCUGUACAAUGAGAAGCGUGAAGAUUUGGAAGAGCAACAGCGUCAUCUUAAUGUCGGUCUCGAGAAGCUUCGGGAGACGUUCGACAAGGUUAAGGAACUACGAGCAAGUCUUGCGGAGAAGCAGACGCAGCUUACCAAGAAGGAUGCUGAGGCUAACGAGAAGCUGCAACGUAUGAUUGCGGAUCAGAAUGAGGCCGAACAGAAGAAGGCGGGAUCUAUAAAGAUGCAAGCUAGGCUUGCAAAGGACAAGGAGGAGAUUCAGAAGCGACAAGAGGUGGUGAACCACGAUCUAGCGGCUGCUGAGCCUGCGGUUUUGGAAGCACAAAAGAGUGUGCAAAACAUCAAGCGACAACAUCUCACUGAAGUCCGAUCUAUGCAGAACCCUCCCGCCGGUGUCAAACUUGCGCUUGAGGCUGUCUGCACAAUUCUUGGGCACAAGCCUGAUAGCUGGAAGACCAUUGUUUCCAUUGUCAGGCGCGACGACUUUAUUGCCAGCAUUGUGCAAUUCGACAACGAGAGGCAGAUGACUGCUGCGCACCGCAGGAAGAUGCAAAACGAGUAUCUCUCCAAGGAGGAAUUUACUUUCGAAAAGGUCAACCGUGCUUCCAAGGCCUGUGGUCCACUCGUUCAGUGGGUCUCUGCUCAAGUGACCUACUCCGACAUUCUUGACCGAGUCGGACCCCUACGUGCAGAGGUCGACAACCUGCAGGUGGAACUACAGAAGACGGAGGAGGGCGCCAAGGAGACACAGAUUCUCAUCCAAAACCUCGAGGACAGCAUUGGUAGGUACAAGACCGAGUAUGCGGCUUUGAUUAGCGAGACGCAAGCCAUCAAGACGGAGAUGUCGACUGUCCAGUUUAAGGUUGACCGCAGUGUACGCCUUCUUGACAGCUUAUCUUCUGAACGUACUCGUUGGGAGGAGAGCAGCAAGUCUUUCGAUUCGCAGAUUGACACAAUUGUCGGUGACGUCUUGGUUGCUGCGGCUUUCAUUGCCUAUGCUGGUUACUACGACCAGCAGUACCGGAAGGCACUCACAGAGGACUGGUACGACCAUCUCAAGCACUCCGGAAUCAGCUUCAAGCCAACGAAUCCAUUCACGGAGUAUCUCUCCACUGCCGAUGAUCGCUUGAACUGGCAACACAAUGGUCUGCCUGUCGAUGACCUUUGCACAGAGAAUGCUAUCAUUCUUCAGAGGUUCAACCGUUACCCAUUGAUCAUCGACCCCUCUGCUAGGACCACAGAGUUCCUCCAGAACGAAUGCAAAGAUCGCCGUCUUACGGUGACGAGCUUCUUGGACGAUUCGUUUACAAAGCAGCUUGAGAGUUCGUUGCGUUUCGGUAACCCAAUCUUGAUCCAGGACGCCGAGCACCUGGAUCCUAUUCUUAACCACGUUCUCAACAAGGAGUACCAGAAGACCGGAGGUCGUGUGCUCAUCCAGCUUGGCAAGCAAGAAAUCGACUUCUCGCCAUCAUUCCGAUUGUACCUUUCGACGCGCGACCCGUCUGCCAACUUCCCACCGGACAUCUGCAGUCGUACCACAUUCGUCAACUUCACGGUUACGCAGAGCAGCUUGCAGACGCAGACUCUCAACGAGGUUCUCAAGUCUGAGAGGCCCGAUGUUGAUGAGCGACGAUCGAACCUUAUCAAGAUGCAAGGAGAGUUUGCUGUCCAUCUUCGUCAGCUCGAGAAGCGACUGCUACAGGCUCUCAAUGAGUCGCGCGGUAACAUUCUUGACGACGAUCGCGUCAUCGAAACGCUGGAGACGCUCAAGAAAGAAGCCAAGGACAUUUCCGACAAGGUCUCUGAGACUGCUGGUGUCAUGACGGAGGUCGAAAACAUUACCAAGGAGUACACGGUCGUGGCGCGUUCUUGCUCGGCCAUCUUUGCUGUUCUGGAGCAACUGCAUCAUCUCAACCAUUUCUACCAGUUCUCGCUCCAGUACUUUACUCAGAUCUUCGAGGCUGUGCUGCGCAAGAUUCGCAACUCGUCGAUCGUUGGUCAUGCCGCCCGUAUCGAGCAGAUUGUUACUGAGCUCUUCGUCGACGCGUACCGUCGCACCUCGCUCUCCUUGCUCCAAAAGGAUCGCGUCACUUUUGCUAUGCUCCUCGUGCAGGCUGCACCGUACAAGAUGGACAAGUCACUCAUUGAUCAGAUUCUUGACCCAGAUCUCGUUGGCAUCGAUGUGUCAACGCAGACCGACCGCAAGGAGGAAGCCAUGCAACGUGCAAGCAAGAUAUCGCUGUUCAAAGAUACGCUCGACAAGGUCGAAGACAGCGCUUGGGACAGUUUCCUUACCGAAGAGAUGGGCGAGCGACAUGUGCCCCAGGCUUGGCCCGAUGAACUUCCCAAGUUCGACAAGCUUCUGCGCGCUCUCAUCCUCGUGAAGCUCUUCCGUGUGGAUCGCUUCGUCCCUGCUGUUGAGCGCUUCGUUACGGAAGUAUUUGGCAAGGGCAUCCUGGACGCUAGUGGCGAUCUGGGAGACAUUGUCAAGCAGGUCAAUGCUGUGACUCCCGUGGCUCUCAGCUCCAGCCCUGGUUUCGAUGCCAGUUACAAGGUCGACAAUCUUGUUGAGAGGGAGAACGUCAGCUGCUCCAACAUUGCCAUGGGCUCCAACGAAGGUGCCGCAUCCGCAGACAAGGCUAUCGCCAAUGCCGCCACAACCGGUAACUGGGUCCUUGUCAAGAACGUUCAUCUCGCUCCACAGUGGCUACAAUCACUUGAGAAGCGCUUGGAAGCUCUCAAGCCCAACCCUGACUUCCGUCUUUUCCUCUCCAUGGAGUCCAGCCCGAAGAUUCCUGUCAACCUACUCCGCGCCUCUCGCGUGCUGUCAUACGAACAGCCGGCUGGAGUCCGCGCCAACAUGAGGGACUCGCUCUCUUCGCUUGCAGAGAAGGCGAUCAAGCCACCUGUGGAGAAGGCGCGUGUUUACCUUCUUCUCUCCUUCCUGCACGCUGUCAUCCAAGAGCGUCUGCGCUACGCACCUACACUAGGAUGGAAGGGUUUCUGGGAAUUCAACGACAGCGACUACGAAUGCUGCAGCUUCAUCAUCGACACAUGGAUCGACACCAUCGCUCAAGGCCGCUCAAACAUUGCGCCUACAAAGAUCCCAUGGGAAAUGCUACGCAUCCUCAUCACGGAAAUGUACGGCGGCAAAAUCGACGAUGCAGAAGACUGGAAUAUACUCGCUUCUCUCGUUAACGCCUGCAUGACGCCCGCGGCGUUUGAAGACAACUUUAUGAUUGUCAAGGAGACCGAGCACUCUGAGGGUCUCGAGUUGCCAACGUCGACCAGCUGGAAGGAUUUCAUGGGCUGGGUUAAUGAUUUGCCCGAGCGCGAACCACCGACUUAUCUGGGUCUGCCGGCUAAUGCCGAGAAGUUGCUGCUUGUCGGUCAGGCGAAUGAUAUGGUGGGUGGGCUGAAACGCGUUAUUGAGAUGUUGGAUGAGGGAGAGCAUGUUAUGGCUGAGGCGGAUAUGGAGGUUUAAGGGUUUCAGUGUGUAUGAGUUUUUCGUUUAUUGAUUUGAGGUGUAAGGCGUUUAUGGGGAUUGUUUUACGGAGUUGAGGGAUAGUUGGGGGGAAAGGGGGUGGUGGUCGGUCAUGGUCGGAUAUAUAUUCUUGUACCGUACACCAGUAGCAUUUUUUCUGCUCAGUUUUAUAUUGAAUGGAGUACUUUGCUU